UCCUCGAAUCGCCAGUUCAACCCAGCCCAGCACAGCACAGCACAGCACAGCACAGCACAAUCCGGCCUGCACUUUCGCUCCCCUGACCCAGAGUUGAUCAGUCGCCUUCUCAGUCGCUCCCUCGGUUGAAUGCACUCGGCCUCCCCUCAGCUAUGACGAAUCCGAACAAGCAUCGCUGCGAAUAUACGGACCUGGCAGGCAUGCCAUGCGAAGUGUUCGAGCAGAUCACUCAGUACCUCGCCCUCGGAGAUCUGCUGAGGCUGCGUCAGUGCUCCGCCCAGCUUGCUUGCCAAGUGCUGAGCGUUGGUGCCUCGUACAUCUCGAGCUAUCCCAUUCGAUGGGCUGGCUCGCUGCAAGUGCUCCGCCAUCAGAUCGACCCAUUGGCUGACUCGAUCUGUCGCCAACUCAGGCGGAUGAAGAGAGCCCUCUCUAGCCAGUCAAUAUCGAGUGAAACUCUGGUCGCCGACCCACGCUCGCGGUACCGGUUCCCAGGGCCGUUUCGUCCCCGGAUAGUAGUUCCGGAGCGCAGAACGACUCUGACCAAGGUUGUAUUAAUCAGAGAGCUGUCGGCACCGACGACCCUGCCGGCUUCUGCAACUACUCCCCGAUCCCCAGACAAAGGGCCCGCGCCUGGAUUUCAAUGCGCCAUUUCCCUGUCGUUUGUCCUCGCGACGGAGAGCGAGCUCGAGCCGAUGGUGGUUCGGAUCAAGACGCUUGCGUGCACAUCGGUGCCCAUGGAGUCGUUUUUAACGGAGCUUCGAGGCCAUGCCAUCUACUUUGACGGCUCAGAGGGACGAUCCGAUGCUGAAAGCCACAUCCAGACGCUCGUGGCCGGCAAGAUGCUUCGCAGAGUCGUCGACGGAGCUGUGGGAGUGCAUCCCGAGGCGGACGACCGGGACUCGUAUAUUACCGCCGAUCCGCUGCACGAGCAACGCUACCGCCUGAUGACCUUGUUUGGCGCAAAGUGUAUUGCGAUCGAAGGUCGAGAGGACUCUAUCAGCGCCGUGCAGUUCCAUCAAGCUGAUCUCGACACCGGCACCGACACUGACGGCGAUGCAUCAACCCAGGGAUCGUAUCUCCACCGCGUGCUCUUGCGGCUGCUCCAUGGACUGGUCGCCCGCCUCGACUCGAUCUACAGCGACACCAAGGCAGGGGAUAUGCACCCACUCGCCGCCGUCUGAGCUUUCUCGAAUAAUCCGAGCAGUUCUUCCACCACCACAGGCAAAGUGGCCUGCAGGGAGCUAUCGAGGUGUACUUGGCCAGCGAGCUCAACGGCUCCCAGAUGUGCUCACACUGUAGCGGACGGAGUUUGGUACAAGCAAUCAUUGAUUGAUAAGCACUGCUCAGGCCUCCUUACUCAGCCCUGUUAUU